UUUCAGCCCAACAAAAUCUCAGCGCCAAAAUCAUGUUGGCACGGUCCAUGACUCGGUGGUUUGGCACGUCCACCCGCUUGCAAGGCGUGGUGGUGGGGCAUAUCGUCAAGGUAACGAGCCAUCCGCAAGCAGAGCGACUGAACAUCUGUGAUGUCGCAAUUGCAGUCGGCGCCGACCCGGUCCAAAUCAUCUGCGGCGCCCCCAACGUGCGCGAAGGCAUGAAGGUUCCUGUGGCGACAGUCGGGACCAAGUUGACUUUCCGAGUGCCUAACCCCGAGGAUGCAGGGGGUGCUUUGGUGGACAAGAUGGUCAAGAUCAAAAGGUCCAAGUUGCGUGGCGAAGUCUCGAACGGCAUGAUUUGUUCCGAGGAAGAAAUCGGCGUCGGCGAAGACAGCAGCGGCAUCAUGGAGUUGUCGUCAGCGUCCAUCGUGGGCACACCUUUUGCCGAGUACUUGGCAGAGCUAGAGAAGUUACACGUCAUCCAAGACCAACUCCACCACGAUUGAUAGAUUAGUCGACCUUAACGUCAUUAGACUUCAUGUCAAUCUACGACCAUAGCAAGUGUAGCCCCAGCUCAUGCGUCGUCGUGUGGCCUUCAUGAGGAUGCCAUUGCAUCAUGCUAAUGUGCGACUACACUUUGCGGUCAAACGUUUUCC